AUCAAGUAGUCAGUGACUUGGAUCAUAACAUCAUAGUAUUCAUAGUUGGAUAAAAACAAGAACACAAUAUAGAACAACAUGAAUAUGUUUAUCAUUGUUUGUUAACAUAAAAAAGUAAAGUUACAUUAAUUUAGUUCUUGCAUUGCUCAUAUUAUCUCUGUAGGUGCCUAAAUUUUAUUUGAUAUGGGACAAAUGUUGAACAUAAAAAUGAAGAUCAAUAAAAAGCUUUUGCCUAUUAAAGGACAUUUCUUUUUUUUUAAUGCAGGAACUGCUCCACUGGUUCCAUAUUUGAGCACCUAUGCUCGACAAUUGGGAUUUUCGUCAGGGACUGUGGGUCUCAUAUACACAGUUCUGCCAAUAUUUGGUUUAAUUGCAAAACCUCUGUUUGGUGUGAUUGCUGACAGGUUUAAGAAGCAAAAGAUAAUUUUUAUAUUGUUUCAAUUCAUAACUAUAGUAAGUUUUUCUGCUAUUUAUAUUAUACCACAAAAUGAAUCCAAUGUAAGUGUGGAAUUAGAUUGCGGGCACCAAGUUACUGAAUUGAGAAGUUGUUAUAAAAACGCCGAGUCAAUAGACCAAUGUAAAAUUAACUCUCUGGGAAGUCUCAACAGUAGCGCUUUUUGCCACAUGAACUGUGAUAUGUCUCCAAAAAUGUGGCAAACAGUUUGUGAGCAUUGGCAUAUACCACGAUAUUGUUACAGUGAUACUAAAAGUAUUAAUUAUAUAUCACAAAUCAACAAAAUUACUGUCGAAAAUGAUAGCUGUGCCUACAUUUCUUCUUCUAACGUGACAUUAGAUGGUUAUAGCUACAUACCUCAUUGUCGCAUCGGUGAAGGAUAUGUUGAUGUGAAUGAACCCUGCAAGCUCAAUUGCACCAACGAGAAACUAUUCAGCAUCUUAAAAGAUCGUAAAGCAAAUAUGACUUGCUUAAACAACAUCUUGAGUCACAGGUUAUGUUCAAAUGAUACAAGCAAAUUGCUGGAAUUAAAAAACACAUCUCAACUGGAUGACUGCUCUGCAUCAUGCGAUCUCGACGAACCGUGGAGACUCAUGGAAAUAUGUGAGGGGUGGGGCGCAGACGCCGCCGCGUCGUGCCAACCAAAAAACGUCAACGGCGAGGGAUUCCCGUCAAACCUAUCUUUUGUCGGAAAAAUAAAAUUAGGCUCGACGAUCACUGAACACAAUUGUGUUUACAUACGACUUCACCACAUCGAACUUCCAGAUGGCUCUACACAUUAUCCAAAUUGCAUAACGAAAGCUCAAUACCAGAUGGAGUCGUCGCUUUUCCAUACCUCGUGUAAGAUAACUUGCGACAACACAGUAGUAAACGAAGUGUUUCAAGCUGCUACGGAAAGUUAUGUUGAUACAACUACGCAGUACACAAAGCAGUUUUGGUUGUUUUUCAUGCUUAUGAUAAUCAGUUGGAUCGGUCAAGCAGUCGUGGUGACGUUCGCGGACGCAAUAUGCUUCAAUCUUUUAGGUGACAAAGCUUCUCAUUAUGGCAAGCAAAGGCUAUGGGGUUCCGUAGGUUGGGGAAUAUUCUCCCUCUUGACGGGUACAUUGAUAGACCUAUUCAGCGACGGCGCUUACAAAGAUUAUACAAUUGCAUUCAUUCUAAUGUUCGUUUUUCUACUCGGUGAUGUUGCUGUUUCAUGUUUCUUGAAAAUCGAAACCACAAAAAUGUCUAUGAGUAUAUUGGCUGAUGUUGGUACUCUUCUAUCGUGUGUGCCCACUGUCGUAUUUAUGCUAUGGACAGUAGUUGUUGGAAUUUGUACUGGACUUAUAUGGCAAUUCUUGUUCUGGCAUUUGGAAGAUAUCGCCGCAGCCACUUGCGACGGUUCUGAGUACAUUAAAACCCUACAAGGUUUAGUAAGCGCGAUCCAAACCUUUGGCGGAGAGAUACCGUUCCUGUUUGUGUCAGGAUACAUCCUCAGGAAGGUCGGCCAUGUGAACAUGAUGACGCUCGUAUUGUUCGCCUUCGGAGUCAGAUUCGUUCUGUACUCGUUACUCACCAACGCGUGGUGGGUUCUACCCAUCGAAUUGUUCCAAGGCAUCACGUUCGGAAUGUUCUAUCCGACGAUGACGUCAUACGCCAACGUCGCUUCCCCUCCCGGCACCGAAACUACCGUUCAGGGUCUAGUGGGUGCUAUUUUCGAAGGCGUGGGUACUUCACUGGGCAGCUUCAUCGGUGGACGCCUGUACGAAUCGUACGGUGGCAGGAACACGUUCCAGUGGUUUGGCAUAGGAUCACUCGUGUUCUGCGUCAUUCAUAUUGUUGCUCAAUACUUUAUAAGAAGGAACCCUGCCCAUGUUGGAUUCAGACAAGGGUAUUCUUCAGUGAUACGGUACGAACAACCGAACGACAUGGUGCAUAUCUUAGAAGAUAUGGCGGAGAGUCGGUAAUACAUGAAUGUAUUCAUCAGAAGGUUCCUAAAAAUAAACUCUGAACUUAUAAAGUUACUUACUUACUGUAAGCUCUUAAAUCACUGUGAUAAAUGUACAUAAUUUAUUUCUUUAUUGAUACAAUGUGUAUUAUGAUUAUGAAUCAAUAUCGGUAAAUUAUACGGAUGCUGGAUUGGUAGUUUAUGGAAUAGAUACGCAAUAUGUUUUGGCUGUGUAGCUUUAUGUAAUUUUAAUUUCGGACUUUGUUCUUAAUGAUGUAUUUGAUAAACUUUAUUUUGUUUAAAUUUUCUUGAGAUAGCAUUGUGAGAGAGACGUUGUUCAAGCAGACGUGGAGCUUAACUUUGGUUGCCUUGGAACAAGCGAUUGACCUUGCAUUAUAAUACGUAGGUAUAUUUUUUUAUUUAAACGAUUAUACAAAAUAACAUAAAAAUUAAAAAAGAAUCUGGACCAGAUAUCAAAGGGGGAGUGUGGGUUCGAUUCUCGCCCGGAGCUCUAGAUUUUUAGUAAAAAAUAUCAGUAAUUGUAAAAUAUAUCUUUUGAUAUCAGAAUGUAGGUAGUAGUUAAAUUAAAAAAAUAAAUUAAUAGUCUGUUUAAAUAUAUAUAACUAGCUUAAACACUCGAUAUGUCAUAAAGAGACACAAUUUAAAUUGCUUAUUUGAAAUUUCUCCCCAUUGAAAAAUCUGGCCUGCUUAUCCUCGCUUGCGCUCGUCGUGGUCUUAGUUCGUUGGAAUGGAA